ACUUGGCAGUUAUUCAUCCAUUUGGAUUUCCCGCGACUGCCAUAUCAAACUAAAUAGUUCGAUUUAAAGUACGGUGUAUACAUGCAUAGAUCAUGAUAAGUGUGUAACGACUGUGAUCACGGCAUAUAUUGUAGUUUUGCAGAACGGCCAUUUCCAGAAAAAAAUCCUAACCUAAAAUAGAAAAUGGUCGUGAAUCAGUUGGGGGUGUUGCUGUGAAAGGAGGACGGCAAUAAUAACGCGGUUCUUACUGACGGCAGUGGCAGACAGUUACAGAUUUCCCACUAUGUCUUCAGUAAAUAGCGUUGACUCCCUUGGAACUUUGCAGUGGGAUAUGAUCGAAUUAGCUGGGCACCUUAGGCAAGAACGUUUGUUCGUCAGUGCGGAGCAACAAACUUUGCAGAACUUGAAUCAGAAAGUCUUAUAUGUUUCCUCAGACUUGGCUCAACAGGCCUGGGUCACAGCUCAACAGAGAGUUAAUUUGAAUCGUUUGAUAGUCUCGAGGCCGAACUGUACGCCUGCGUCGUGCUGUCAGCGAGCUAAUACCCUUGAAAACUCACAGUUCGUUGAUGCUUAUAAGCAUUUGCGUCAUCAAGCAUGUUCGGCUUACGGGGAAUUUUUGCAGGCCUUAAGAAAAUCUCCAAAACUUUUAGCAUCAUGUCUGGUAGAAGGGGACAGAUUAAUCCCAGAGUCUAUGCAGAGCGUCAUUCAGUCGCUAUCUGCAGGAUUAUUUGGUAGCUGCUUAUUGCCAGAAGACAAAAUACUGGUUCUGCAGUUGCUGAGGCAAUUGAUGUUCCUGCAGAUAGUUCCAUCUGACAAUCCCAGAAGAUUACUCAGACAUGGCACCUGUGCAUUUUCACGAUUCUACUCAGUUUUCCACGAAAGUUUAUUUUCAGCAAAAUUAUUCCUCACAGCAGCUUUGCACAGUCCAAUUAUGCAGCUAUUGAUGGAAGAUGAAAUGUUCUUGGAUAUUGAUCCAGAAAAAGCCCCAAUCAGAUUUACACCCGCUGAGCGUCUGAAAAAAUUUGGAAAGGAGGGGACUCUUGAGUAUCAAUCUAAAUUGCAGCGCUACAGACUUUGGACAAUCAAUUCGCUCGAACGCAUUACCAACAGAUUUAUAAUAAGCAUUAGAGAAAACAUGCAUUGCUUUCCUACCAGCGUUUGCUGGCUGGUAAGACAAAUGGCAGGGCUUCUAGCUAAAAGUGGAAAUGUUGACCCUAAGGAAGUACAUGCAAUGUGCACUGACCUUGUAUUCACUUACUUUAUUUGUCCAGCAAUUGUAAAUCCGGAACCAUACGGAAUCACAGAUGCACCAAUAAGUUACGUUGCUCGAUUCAACCUGAUGCAGGUUGGUCAGAUAUUACAAAUGAUGUCCCUCGUCAAAUAUCAGAAUGUCGACAGUAAGGUGAUAGAUUUAUAUCGGAAAUUUGAAAAAGAUUCUGUAUCAUCGUUGCUCGAUGGUAUGCUGGAAAGUGCGACGGAUGAGCUAGAAGAUGAACCAGCCAUGGUUGAUGGCUCGAAACUACAAGGACUUGCCAGAUCUGCUGCUUUAUUCACGGAAAGUGAACUGAAUGCUUUAAUUACAUUCCUACAAACCGUAGCCAGAGACCACGGGGACAAUGAUAUUGUUCUUGCAAGUAGUAUUGAUAGAAAACAGUUGAAUGAAUUAUUAUCGCAACUACCAUGUGGUGCUCCAAGUGCUCAAAAGAAUGCAAACCAUAUUUCACCUGAAACACCCAGCAAACGAGGCGGGCUUCUUGGAAAAGUUGGGAAAGGACGUGCAACUCGUGUGACUUCAUCAUCUGCACUAAAUACAGCAACAGAUGGCGGUGAAGAUGCAAACAGUGCCUCUGGUACUGAAGAUGAUUUGCUAGACAAGACUCCACAAAAUGUUCUAGUCAUACCUUUUGUCUCGAAUUUAGGAGAAACUGUUGGUUUACUCAGUGAGCAAAAGGUUCUUUGUAUGGAAAUGCAAGAUAACAUUGAAGGUGGGACUGUGAGAUUAAAUCUCUCAGAAAAUUUACCGAAUGGACACAAUCGUAAUGAUAAUGGUAACAUGGAGCGUAUUGAAACACAGGAGAAGCGGACUAGAUUUUCGAUAUCUCAUGAUGAAGUAUUGUUUGAAGGAUCAAUUGGCAAUACAUCUGAUAAUCUGGAAGCGGUAUCUGAGGCUGCCUCUAACCACAGUGUUGCUUCAUCACUUGAACUGGAAACUGAGGAUCAAAAUGACAACCUUUCGGAUAUGGUUUCGGCUAAUGUCUCUGGACGUGGUACACCAAACAUUUCUGGUCGUGAUACACCUUCGUCACAAAUCACGGAAGGUGAUGACGGACGAGCUGUUGGGGAAGUGAGGCAGCUAGAUCUACCUCCACCCACUAUACCAACAAAGCAGAGCCGUUCAGAAAUUGACGAUAAGUUUUGCAAAUUUGAGAUCAAGAAGCUCAUUGAAGGAUACUUUUUAGGGGAUGAAACUAUUUCUUUGGUAUCUGAUACAUGGUCCACUGAUGUACUGGCAUCUGACAGUGAAAUAGUUGAACAAGUUGAACGAUUUCCAUUUCCUCCACCUCCUGAAUCUGUGCAACCAGUUCUACCUGUAGAACCCAGCCAGACUAUGCUUGAUGUUAGUGAAACUGCAUCUGAAGCUUGGAGUACCGAUGUUCUGGCUAGUGACUCGGAGAGGAUGACUGAAGUUGACACAGAUGACACUGCAAGUGUUGCGAGGUCAGACGACACAGCAAGAUCAGAGAUUGAAGUGGAGAGUCGUGGUGAUGCUGAAAUUGACGUAGAAACGCCGCCACCGUUAAAUCCACACAUUUUAGGUGGUGUUGGUAGUCCAGGUGCUCUGUUUAGGCCAAUUCGUGAAGAGCCAAUUGCUCAGCCCAGCCUACCUGUACCCCCAUCUCCAACUGCUUCUCUUACACCUUCCUUGUGGAAUGUAACUGGACGAGGGGGAGCUAAAUCUGAUUAUCGACGACGGACGUUAGAGUAUAUAGAUAAUAAUGCAAACAAUAUCAAUGACGGAGAUGACAAGUCAGGCGGGGAUGAUAGACUCGUGCAUUUGAUGGAUAAAUUGCAUAUCGAUAAUGGAAAAACUAAUAGCGAAUGUUCAGCUACAAGUAGUAAUCACAUAAGUGCAGCUGCCGUAGCACCGGCAUUAUUAUUGGCCAAUCAUAUAUCAGCACCAUCCCUCCCAAACCAGAAGCUCACAAAUGGAGAUGUCAAAGCUGAAGAAUUGGAUACUGGAAUGGCCACUGGUGGAGACGUUGUAGUCAGACUGAGCACUGCGAGUUUGACGUCAAGUAGCAGCUCUGGUUCUGAGUCAAGGACAAAGAAUACUACCGCAACAUCAGAUUCACCCUUACCAGCACCAAUGGUUAAUGGUGGGACUGAUGCAAUUGACGGUAUCAAUUCAACUACUUCAAAGCCCAGCGUAUCUACAGGUGCCAUACCAAAAAGUAUCAGUUUUGACAUGACUGCUGAACGAGGGGAUAAAGAAUUACUUGAUGAUGAGCAAAAAAAUAAGAGGGGCUUUUUCGGGAAAUUGAAAUUAUCCCUGAGAAAUCGUAGAGGAAAAUCUUUGAGGGGUGCUGAUGACCUCAGUAGAUGCUAUGAUCGAGAAGCUGGUGGUGAUGGGGUCGACAUCGGUAGAAUCAGAAUACGCAGGAUAAUGUCCGAAGAAACUAAUUUGAGCAGCAGUAUUAACAAUGAUACAUCCGAUGAUAUUUUAGCAAAGUACAGACGAAAACCAAGUGCAACUAGUGAUACAGCAUCUAUAGAGAGUAGUCAUUCAAGAACAAAAGAAGCGGAAGACGAAAGAUUAGCAAUAGACCUCAACAAUGUAGAAUUAUCUUUUGCAUUUUCGGAUGCUAAACGCAAGUUACGCAUGGUACUGAGCACAGCAGAUUUGCAACAUAUUCCUUGGAGUACUGCAUCUGCUAGAAAUGCUUGGAUGCAGAAAGAAAAUGAGUUGGUUGCUUUUCUCCAACUACAGCUUGCCGAAGCAAUCAAUUUGCAAGAUAGAGCAUUAAUUGCACAUCUUCAUGAAACUUUACGCUGUGUUAGGCUUUUUAAUGAUGACGGUUGUAGAAAACUGUUCAAAUCUCUAAGGGACGAUUACCAAAAACGGUCUCCAUAUAUUGCAUAUUUGAUCAGAUGUCGUCAGGGAUUGUUGUCUACACUGGCACAUCUGGACAGAUUGGGUGAGAGAGUGAAGUGCGACCGUGAUGCAGUAAGUAGCCAUUUGGUAUCUGUUUGCGUCAGAGUAUUUUUAGAGAAGAGAGAAACAUCUCUUUUACGUUUUUGCGACGAAUUCAAAAAACUCACUUUAGCUGAUGAGAAACAAGAUAUGGUGGAUAACUUCUUAGGAUCUAUACAUACGGAAAUGGACAGAGAUCCUAUCUGGCAAGUUGCUAGUGAAGGUCAACUAGAUCUAGCCAGAAUGGUAUUGGAACGAACUGUAAUGGCUCGAGUCUAUCACAAUGCUCUAUAUCCAAAUGGGGAAGGUGAUAUACAUCGAGACCAAUUACUUCGGGAUCACAUAAAAAAAUUGGCCAAAGUUGUAACACCAAAUCACAAAGAUCUUCGUAUUCCGCGAAUCUAUCAUUACGAAUGUCCGUGGCCAUGGGCACAAGCAGAGUUGGCUGCUAUUUCAGCGUACAAAACUCCAAGGGAUAAAUUGCAAUGCGUGUUUAGAUGUGCGACAACUAUCAUGAAUUUACUGUCAAUGGCAUCUGAGAGAGGCAUUCCCGCAGCAGAUGAUCUAAUUCCUGUACUUGUCUUCGUCAUCAUCAAGACAAAUCCACCAUCGUUACUCUCAACGAUUCAGUAUGUGGAUAGUUUUUAUGCAAACAGAUUUGAGGGUGAAGAGCAGUAUUGGUGGACUCAGUUCUGUUCUGCGAUUGAAUUUAUUAAGACCAUGGACUAAUUCGUUAGUUCGUAGGCGUAAUAGUAUUCAGUUUGCCUAAACAGUAAAAGCUGAUAGUGAUAUAGGAACACAAUAAUCAAUGUCCAAUGUCCCUAAAAUAAAUAUAUAAAUGGAAUACCAUUCGUUGCACGUUUAUGCACUAUGCAGCUACAUUGAUUGUUGACCACACGUAUACGACUUGUUAUCUUUGUUAAAAAUUUAACAAAACUUGGAAAUUCAAUAAUUCUUUAUGAAAAAAACUGUUAAGUUGCAAUAUCUUGCGAUAAUUGUGUUCGAAAUUUUGAAUUCUCCUAAAUAUUUACACUUGGUAUGAAUUCUGUUUGGAUUAUAAUCCUCCAUUUAAUUCAAUUCAGUCUUACGUUUAGUUUUGAAUCAUUCGUAGAAAAUGAUAAAUAUACAUAAGAAAAGUUAUAUCUAUAUAGUUUCCCUAAUCAAUCAUCCCGAAUAUGUCCUAAUAGUAGUUCUUGGAACAGAGGCUUGUUGAACUUCAACAAACUUUACAAAAAUUAAACUAAUGCUGAAACAUGCUUGUUUUUUAGAGUUAUUAAUAUCAUGAUCUAAAACUUAAUUUUAUUUCUGAUAAGUUUGUAGGUUCUAUUCUGGUGUGAUAUAAUAACAGAAUUACUGAAUUUUAAGAUAAUUUGGAAGUAAGGUUGGAAAACAAGGUUCGUCAAUGCAAAAAUAUAAGAUACAGCAUGGAUGUCGUCUUGAAAUAUAAGUGAGAAAAUACUCUUAGUACGUACGGUGCAUGCAAGAUAACAAGGUCUCAGAAUAUUUUGCAAUACAUAUUUUUUUAGUGGAGGAAUAAUAUAGUGUUAAUAUCUUCUCUUCAAAUAUUAUGUUGCACAAUAAAAAAGUAAAUAAAUAACAAAAUGUACCGCACCUUAA